AUGUUUAACUAUCGAUCUCAACUUUUCUAUGCUGAUCUUCAUGAUCCAUUAGUUUAUAUUCAAUUACUUAUUGAACAUGGAGUUGAAUGUUUAGUUAAUAUAAAAACUUUAAAUGAAACACAUAAACCAAGUUCUACAGAUAAUUAUUUUAGUUCAUUAUCAAAUGAAAAUGAACAUAAAAUAGAAAUGUGUGAAAUGCAUUCACGUGUUGCACAAGAUAUGGCAAUGUUUUAUUAUCCACUUCAUGUUGCUGUUAAACAAGAUUCAAUUGUUUACUUCAAAUUUUAUUACUUGAAUAGAAACAAAAAUUAG